CCUCCUCCCGUGGCAAUACAAGUUCUCGCGAGAAGGCUGUGUUUUAUUCCUACGUAAUGUGCCGUGCUGCUUAUGGCGGCGCUGGUGAUAGUGCUGUGAGCUGUUGGGUAUGAAGUUUAACAGAACAGAAACUACCACCUGAAACUGCUGCUUCAAGUUCAGAUCAGUCAAGGAACAUCUGCCACAAUAGUAACCUACAAGACCAAAGAAGAGAACUUGCGCUGAAGACACAACACUUGAUCUGAAACAAGAAGUUUGUGCCUACUCAACAGCUACACAAGAGCACUUCCCAACGCUGCUAUUAGUCUUUGUUUUAUUCUCAGCGCCACACUCUGCAUUCGCAUUGUGUAGCGGGAGUCGUCUUUCUUAGCUCAGUAGAUCAUUUUCUCACUAUCUCUUUUUAAACUAGCAACCGACAACCUUCUGUACCAUCUGCUGUCUACACAAAUCGGUAAUACUACUGAGUGCAAUACCUGAAUAUCUCAGCAAGCUGUAUGUGAUGGAGAAGCUCUAUACUGUAUCAGAGUCCGUUACACCAUCUACUGCAGUCCCUGUAAGUCCCACCUCAUGCACUUCUAAAAAGCAGAAGAGGACCCCACUGUAUCAGAGAUCUAUGAGCUUUGACCCAAACCUUCUCCACAACAAUGGACACAAUGGGUACCCCAAUGGUACUUCAGCACUGCGUGAAACAGGCAUUAUCGAGAAACUGCUAACAUCUUACGGAUUUAUUCAGUGUUCAGAACGUCAAGCUAGACUAUUUUUCCACUGCUCACAAUACAAUGGAAACUUGCAAGAACUUAAAGUAGGAGAUGAUGUUGAGUUUGAAGUGUCAUCAGACCGACGUACUGGUAAACCAAUUGCGGUUAAAUUGGUUAAGAUCAAAACUGAAAUUAUGCCAGAAGAAAGAAUCAAUGGACAGGUUGUCUGUGCUGUGCCUCAUAACUUAGAAAGCAAAUCCCCGGCUGCCCCAGGCCAGAGUCCUUCAGGGAGUGUGUGCUAUGAACGUAAUGGAGAAGUGUUUUAUCUAACCUAUACCCCAGAAGAUGUGGAUGGAAAUGUUCAGCUUGAGACUGGAGACAAAAUUAAUUUUAUUAUUGAAACUAACAAACACACUGGAGCAGUAAGUGCUCGUAGCAUCAUGCUGCUUAUGAAAAGGAAACAAAUGCGUUGUCAGGGUGUGGUCUGUGCCAUGAAGGAAGCCUUUGGGUUCAUUGAAAGGGGGGAUGUUGUAAAGGAGAUAUUCUUUCACUACAGUGAAUUUAAGGGAGACCUUGAAGCCUUACAACCUGGAGAUGAUGUAGAAUUCACUAUCAAGGAUCGAAAUGGUAAGGAAGUUGCAACUGAUGUGAGGCUCCUACCCCAAGGAACAGUUAUUUUUGAAGACAUCAGCAUAGAACACUUUGAAGGAGUGGUUACCAAAGUUAUCCCUAAAGUACCCAAUAAAAACCAGAAUGAUCCCCUACCAGGACGUAUUAAAGUUGACUUUGUGAUCCCUAAAGAGCUUCCUUUUGGUGAUAAAGAUACAAAAUCCAAGGUGACCCUUUUGGAAGGUGAUCAUGUGCGGUUCAACAUUUCAACAGAUCGUCGGGACAAAUUAGAACGUGCCACAAAUAUUGAGGUUCUUACAGAUACCUUUCAGUGUACAGAUGAGUCAAGAGAAAUGGGUGUGAUUGCGGCAAUGAGGGAUGGGUUUGGUUUUAUAAAAUGCGUUGAUCGGGACGCCAGGAUGUUCUUUCACUUCAGUGAAGUCCUGGAUGGAAACCAGCUUCAUAUUUCAGAUGAAGUGGAAUUUACUGUUGUCCCUGACAUGCUUUCCGCCCAGAGAAAUCACGCUAUCCGAAUUAAAAAGCUUCCCAAAGGAACAGUUUCAUUCCACACCCAGUCCGAUCACCGUUUUGUUGGCAUUGUAGAAAAAGAAGCCACUGCUGCCCCAAAGUCCACCAGCCCAAACAAAGGCAAGGAAAAGAAAAAAGAAAAGGAAGGUGAAGAAGGCAUCAUCUCAUAUGAAGACUGUGGCAUCAGGCUUACUGUGUCCUAUCACCUGAAAGAUCUGGAAGGAUCACCUGCUCCGCAACCUGGAGACAAAGUCGAGUUCAGUAUUUGUGAAGCCAAAAGGACUGGUCAGCAAAGUGCAGUUAACUUAAAAGUUUAUGGGCGAAAUUCCAAUAGUAAAAGGUUUCAUGGAUAUGUGGCCACAUUGAAAGAUAACUUUGGAUUCAUUGAAACAGCAAAUCAUGACAAAGAGAUCUUCUUUCACUACAGUGAGUAUUCUGGAGAUGUGGAUAACCUAGACCUAGGAGAUAUGGUGGAAUACUGCUUGUCCAAAGGAAAGGGAAACAAGAUUUGCGCUGAGAGGGUCACCAAGGUUCAUCAAGUUAACGGAUCAGCUGAUGAAGUUAAUCCAGUAGUGCACUGGGGUAAAGUAGUUCGACCCUUACGGAGUGUAGAUCCAACACAGACUGAAUAUCAGGGUAUGAUAGAGCUUAUAGAAGAGGUAGAGGACAAACAGAAGAUAGCUGAAGAGACUCCUGAACAAGCUGAGGAAGCAGAAGCAGAAGCUGAAGCUAGCACUGAAACCAACAAGCAAAGUAGCAUGAAAGGACAGCUUUUUCCCUUUGGCAUCGUGGGAAUGGUAAAUAAAGCAGAUUGUCUGCAGAAAGGAGAAGCUGUUAAGUUCCAGCUUUGUGUGUUAAGUCAGAAUGGGCAGACCAUGGCCUGUAACAUUGAGGCCCUCCGCAGGGGUACUGUUGAGUGUGUGAAAGAUCAGUUUGGAUUCAUUAACUACGAAAUUGGGGACAGCAAGAAACUCUUCUUCCAUGUGAAAGAGAUACAAGAUGGCAUUGAGCUGCAGGCUGGGGAUGAAGUGGAAUUCUCGGUUAUUCUUAAUCAGCGAACUGGGAAGUGCAGCGGCUGUAAUGUCACACUAAUCAGUAAAGGCCCUGAACUGGUGGCAGCUCCUCGUCCAGAUAGAUUAGUGAGUCGUUUGAAGAGUAUAACACUGGAUGAUGCCAGUGCACCACGUCUAAUGGUCGUGCGUCAGCCCAGAGGUCCAGAUAACACAAAGGGAUUUGGCAUAGAGCGAAAGAUCCGUCAAGCUGGUGUCAUCGACUAAUUCACAAUUUUUUGUUUUUUCCAUCUGGGAAAGCACAUUACCCAAUCAAGUAUGAUCAAACCAAGGGACAUUAUGAAACGCAACAUCUCUCUGCAGCCCAAAAAUAAAAACCUUAUUCUCUAA